AUGGAUAGGGAGUUCGAUGAACUCGUUCAAGAGGUGCAACGGGAAGCAGAAGAGGAGGAGGAGGAGGAGGAGGCGGAGGUGGCGGCGUUCGUUCACCCGUUCUAUCAUCGGCGGACCAUAUGCCGUGACCAUGUCGGGGCACACCAGCGGUUGAUGGAAGACUAUUUUGGCGAUAACCCCCGUUACCUAGCAGAGAUUUUCCGUCGCCGCUACAGAAUGUCGCAACGGUUAUUCAUCCGUAUAGCGACUACAUUGGCGCAGCGGUACAAGUGCUUCAUACUGCGCAGUGAUGCUAGCGGCCGACCCAGGUUGUCGACAUAUCAUAAGUGUAGCGCUGCAAUUAGGCAGCUUGCCUAUGUCGGACCCGCUGAUAUGUUCAACGAAUACCUACAGUUGGGUGAAACAACUGCCCUAACCACGCUGAGGCAGUUUUGCAAUAGUAUCCAGGCCAUCUUCGGUCCGGAGUAUCUACGGAAGCCAAAUGCCGAUGAGUGCCAGAGAUUGAUAGAUAUGCACGGGAGAGUGCAUAAUUUUUCCGAAGAUGUUGGGCAGCAUCGAUUGCAUGCACUGGGAGUGGAGAAACUGUCCGAGUCGAACAACGACAUCAACGUACUGCAUUCGUCUCAUCUCUUCAAUGAUGAGUGUCCUGAGGGUCCGACGGUCAGAUUCAUGGCCAACGGGACGCAGUACAACAGGGAAUACUACUUAGCCGAUGGGAUAUACCCUCGUUGGCCCGUGUUUGUCAAGACGAUCCGGCAGCCGGUUGGGCCGAAACAAUCCUAUUUCGCGGCCAAACAAGAGAGUGCUAGGAAGGAUGUUGAGCGUGCUUUUGGUGUCCUCCAAGCGCGAUGGGCCAUUCUACGGUGCCCGGUUCGACAAUGGCACGAAAAUGAUGUCGCCUCCAUUAUGUAUGCAUGUAUCAUAUUGCACAAUAUGAUAAUAGAUGACGAAGGAUAUUCUGCAGAGUACUGGGCACCGGAAGAGGGUGCUAGUACAAGUCACGGUAUUGCAACCGCCCCACUGCAGAUGGGUGUACCGCGUAGUAAUGCAUAUUUGAUCCAACGUUUCGCCGAUAUGCAGAGGGAAACAUCACAUACGACACUGCAGGCUGAUAUGGUCGAAGAGGUUUGGAAUCGUAGGGGAGAAGGGGGUAGAGCGUGA